UCACAUGGUGUAAAAAAAAAACAUAUGAAAAGCAAUAGCAAAUGUUAAACAUUUUCUCUCAUUUCUCAGUGUUAUCUUUACCUGUGCGUGGGCAAAGACAUCUUUGGCUUUGGUUCUUUUGAUCUUCUCAGCAUGUAGCUUUAGAUGGAUAUAGCAGAAGUUGUAUUACAUUUUUUUGAGAUAGAUGGUGUAUAAAGAGGAUUAGCAGAGGUCAACAGAGGUUAGGCUCGAACACAGUAAUAUACUGUGAUUCUAUAAAAUGGAGGAUGACAAUGAGCUUGAGCUUAGCUUGGGUCUAUCUUGUGGUACAUCAGCCAAAUCCAAAGGCAAAGUUGGUAGCACUUCAGAUACUAGGACAGAAGAAGGCGAUAGAAGCAUCAAAAUUGUGGAUGACUUUAAAAACUUUUUUCAAGCUGGCUCUCAGAGGCAGGAUCCCGGUGUGGGUUCUCAAAGAAGUGAUUCAGUGAAACCUUCAGAAAACUUCUUUAAUGAUCUUUCCAAGGCCACCGGUGAUGCAGAAGCUUCUGUGAACUUGAAUGGUAGAGGUCUCUGGGGUACAAACAAUAACAGGUCUGCUGAAUUAGAUGAAGACAAACGCUCAGAAGCAGGUAGUAAACGUAAGAUGUUGUUUGAUGAGAUAAACAAUCCAAAAAAGCUUGAAAGAGAAGCUCAGCAUACUGAUUUACAUGAAAAGCCCAAGACAUCACAUAUCUCCAUAACUACAGAAGAUGGCUCCACUGCUGAAAAUGAAGAUGUGGCAGAGUCUGAAGUUGAGGGUUCGACCUCAAGGCUAAUUUCACUACGUGAUGAUGGGUCCAAGCGAUUUAUUGGAGUUAGUGGUUCUUCUGAGGUGCAUAAGGAGGUUAAGCUUGGAAACUUGACUUAUGGCAACCCAUUCCCGGUUCAAUCAGUAAAUGUCAUGAAUGUACCUUAUUCAUUACCUAUGAAGGACUCCAACCCUGUUGGAACACCCAGCUCAUCAGGCCAUACGCUAUCUGGCAUGAUACAGAUUAUGCCUACCGGAAAUAGUGAACGGUCUGCCACCCAGCCUGUGAAUCCUGGAAACUUGCCAGUUAUGUUUGGCUACUCAUCUGUCCAACUUCCAAUGUUGGAUAAGGAUAAUCCCUGGGGGAUGGUCUCUCACCCUUCACAGUUCCACCCUUCCUAUGCCGGCAGGGGUCCACCUAAUCCGGAUAAGCAUGGUGAUGGGUUGAAAAUAUCACAAGCUUCUGUGCAUACAAUUACACGCAAUUCCUCUGAGGCUGCCCAAUCCAGAACAUUUGAACGAGUCAAAGGAGAUGGUAAACAGCAUGCAACGGAGGAAGGCUCCUCUAGUCAGGCAGAGGAAGAUGUAAAAGGCAGCGGUAUGAAUCUCAGAGCAAAUACUGCAUCUGAUCGGUCAACAGCAGAAGGCUUAUCUAUAGAUUUUUCAGCCAUAAAGCUUGGUAUUGCUGCAGAUCUGAAAUUUGGGGGAUCUGGUUCUUAUCCACAGUUACCAUGGGUUUCAACCACAGGUACUGGUCCACAUGGUAGAACAAUUUCUGGUGUUACUUACAGAUUCAGUGCAAAUCAGAUAAAGAUUGUUUGUGCUUGCCAUGGUACCCACAUGUCUCCUGAAGAGUUUGUUCAGCAUGCCAGUGAAGAGUGCACUAAUCCAGAUAAUAACAAUGGUUUGGCAACAUUUCCAAGUACCAAUCCUGCUGCCUCUGCUCAGAGCUGAAGCUUAAAAGCCAUAACAUACAUUGACAUGCAAUCAAGUAUGACUUGCUAUGGCCUCAAAUACACUAGUGAGAGUCCUUGCUUUUCUCACUAAGUUUAGUUAUUUAUUUCCUUUCCGGUUGUAUUAGCUGCUGCAGUUAACUACUGCAGGUGUACGUUAUAAUUUCUAGCAUAAUUUAUUUGGCAAAUAGUAAUGUUAAGCAUUUUCCUUCUGUAGUAGCAGUUCCUCAACAAAAUCUUUUUUUGGUGGUUGUAUUUUAUUUGACAGCAGUUUAAGCUUCAGAUUCUGGCAUCUUCUUGUAGCAGAUAAGGAGAUUUCUCAACCACUUGGUAUAUACAGAUGUUUCAAUGUUUAUAUGAUACUUCUUUUGAAUGCAA